CGAUACGCAGUUAGUUCGUACCUAGUUGCGCGCCGCUCGCGACGUGUAACCUGCCCGAUGUGGCAAGACCUCAUCAAUAACCAGACUUGUGUGUCUCUGUGCAUCGUGGUGACUUGGCUGCAAGUGAUCGAGUGGUGGUGCUGUGACGUCCUCAGGUGGACUUUGGAUUGCCUCUUCAAUUACCACUGCGUUUAACGCGGUCCCUAUGUUACUUCGCUGCUAUUAAGCCCCGCAGGCUCGCCAUGCCGCCGCCAGCGCCGCGCAGCGCCCCCGGCACCUAGGAGCCCCGCGACCAUCAUGUGGCAGUCCGUUGUCGUUUGCACCCUUUGUUGGAUUCAUGAGCUCCCCUCAACCAUCGCCGAGCACACCAACAGCUCGGCGGGGGAGCCGCCCGACCUGCGCUCGCCCGUGGGGCGUGUGCCGCCGCACCAGCCGCCACUGAGCGCGCCCAACCCCGUCGCGCCCGCGCCCUUCCGCCCGCACAGCCCGUACACGCGCGUGGAGCCCUGGAACCAUCGUCCGGCAUACGACACUAAGCUAUCCCCAGUGGUCGCCGAAGAUUUCGAGUCUGAAGAUGACGACGGCGGCUGCCACCAACCAUGCAACAAGGCCAGCUUCUCAUGCCAGACCUCCUGCACCUGCAUCGCCAUGGAGAAGCGGUGCGACGGCGCCGCCGACUGCCCCGACGCGGAGGACGAGGCGGGCUGCGCGCGCGCCUGCGACGAGCUCGAGAACCGCACGCUCUGCUCCAGUGGUGCUGUGUGUAUAGCGCUGGACUGGCUCUGUGAUGGGGACAACGACUGUGGGGAUUUCUCCGACGAGACGCACUGUGUGAACUGCACUCGGGACCAGUUCCAGUGCGCCAACGGGCUCUGCAUCCACAAGGAGUGGGUGUGCGACGGAGACAACGACUGCCAGGACCAUUCCGACGAGCAGAACUGCACCAAGGGGACAUGUCGCGAGAACCAGUUCAUGUGCGGCAUGGGGGAGUGCAUCGCGACGCACUGGCGCUGCGACAAGGAGGCUGAUUGUCCCGACAACUCCGACGAGGCUGAGUGUCCCAUCGACUUACUCCGCUGCGGCGAGCACGAGUUCCAGUGCAACAACAAGAAGUGCAUCAACAAGGAGUUCCAGUGCGACGGAGACAACGACUGCGGCGACUGGACCGACGAGGACUCGUGCCCCAUGCUGCCCGGCAGCUGCAACUCGGGCGAGUUCAAAUGCAGCGACGGCAAGUGCAUCCCGGAGCGCUGGCGGUGCGACACGGAGCGCGACUGUGCUGACGGAGGCGACGAGCUCAACUGCGAACCUCACUCCAUGCGGAACUGUUCCAGUGACGAGUUCACUUGUGCUGACCGGCGGUGCAUACUGAAAACCUGGAUCUGCGAUGGCGUGCGCGACUGCACAAACGGCGAAGACGAAAUGAACUGCAAAGUCUUUUGCGAAGAAGACCAAUACACCUGCAAGAACGUCCAGGAAAACCUCGUGAGCAACGCCUUCCGUAGCUGUGUCAAUAGGAAACACGUCUGCGAUGGGAUGAGGGACUGUCCCAAAGGAGAUGAUGAGGAGAAAUGCCCUAUCAAACGGAAAUGUGAAAUAGAUGAUCGGUGCGAGAAGACCUGCAUCACGACUUACGAUGGGCGUCAGGCUUGCGCUUGCCCGCUUGGCUUCUUAUUGGCUGAAGAUAAAUUCAGUUGCCGCGACAUCGACGAGUGCAUGUACGAACAGGACCCGGUCUGCUCGCAGACAUGUUCCAACACGGUCGGCAGUUUCCGCUGCGGAUGCAUGACGGGCUACGUGCUGCGACCUGAUGGACGGUCCUGCAAGCCUACUGGAGAAUCACCUACUCUGCUGUUCUCUAAUCGGAUUGGGAUUCGACAGGUAUGGCUGACUGGCGAUAACUACAUGUCACUGGUGAAGGGACUUCACAACGCAGUAGCUGUGGACUACCAUUACGAGAAGAAGCUUGUAUUUUGGACCGAGAACAACUUAAGAGUCAUCAGGGUUGCACAGAUGAACAAUAAUAACGUCAGUGACGUAAUCCGCUGGGGUCUAGAAACUCCCGGGGGGGUGGCAGUGGACUGGAUCCACGACCUCCUCUUCUGGACGGACUCGGGCACGCGGCGAGUGGAAGUGGCAACCCUGGACGGCUCCCAGCGGGCGGUCCUUGCGGCGAAUGACCUGGACAAGCCUCGAGCUAUUGCAGUUCAUCCUGGUGAUGCCUUGGUGUUCUGGACUGAUUGGGGUCCAAAUCCCAAAAUAGAACGUGCUGACAUGGACGGCAAUAAACGCAAAAGCGUCAUAGUGGAUCAAAUAUUCUGGCCCAACGGCCUCACUAUCGACUACAUGGACUCAAGAAUCUACUGGGCUGACGCUAAACACCACGUCAUUGAGAGGGCUACCUUCGAUGGUAGAGACAGGAAAAGGAUAACCAACAAAGGCCUGCCUCACCCAUUUGCGUUGACGCUGUUUGAAGAUGCGAUUUACUGGACCGACUGGCAUACCAAGAGUAUUUCCACCGUCAACAAGAAAACUGGCAUGGGAAUACAAACUGUUCACGUGGAUCUUAAUGUUCCUAUGGAUAUACACAGCUACCACCCCCUAAGACAACUGAAGACAUACAAGAACCGCUGCGGGUCCAACAACGGUGGCUGCUCGCACCUCUGUCUGCCCAACAGCAGCGCGCACUCGUGCCGCUGCCCCGUCGGCUUCAACCUGCAUGCUAAUGGCCGAACGUGUGAAGAAUCCCCUGAGAAGCUGCUGCUCUACGCGCGCCGCAAGGACAUACGACUGAAACAGCUGAACCCACGGAAGCAGCUGGAUUCUUUGGAUAUGGUGAUCCCGGUGGACAGCAUCAAGUCUGCCGUGGCGCUGGACUGGGACCACAACUCCAACUCCAUCUUCUGGACCGACGUGGACAAGGACACCAUCAACCGAGCCUUCCUGAAUGGAUCGCACCAGACCGUCAUCGUUGGAUCUAACUUGAUUUCCCCGGCCGGCCUUGCCUACGACUGGAUCACAGACAAGCUGUACUGGACGGACGCCGGCACCAACCGCAUCGAGGUCGCCAACACCGACGGCACCAUGCGCACUCUGCUCGCCUGGGACCAUAUUGACAAGCCGAGAGACAUUGUUGUCGACCCUAAAGGUGGUGUGAUGUACUGGUCAGAUUGGGGUGAAAACCCAUGCAUCGAGAGAGCUGAUAUGGACGGAGGCAACAGAAAGCGCAUAAUCGUGGGGGCAAUGACCUGGCCCAACGGUCUAGCUUUAGACCUUGGAAACAACCGUAUUUACUGGACUGACGGUGGAAACAGAACCAUUGAAUAUGCCAACUUGGAUGGUACAGGCAGGACGACACUUAUAGGCGAACACCUGCCGCACCCAUUCGGGCUGGACCUGUACGGCGACGAGGUGUUCUGGACGGACUGGGAGACGCAGUCCAUCCAGGCCGCCAACAAGUACUCGGGCAAGAGCCGCCGCACGCUGGGCGCGGGCGUGGCCGGCCUGAUGGACGUGCGGGUGUUCCACAAGGAGCGGAUGGGCGGGGUCAAUCGAUGUGGUCGUAACAAUGGAGGUUGUUCUCAUCUUUGCCUCUUGAAACCCGGUGGAAAGAGCUGCGCCUGCCCUAUUGGAAUUAAAAUAAACAAGGAUGGCCGCACCUGCCCUGCUGGUCCAGUGAACUACUUGAUAUUCGCACACAGAGUGGAUAUACGAGUAGUGUCGUUGGAUGUUCCGUAUCUGAUCGAUGUGGUGUUACCAUUGCCGCCUCUCAAAAACGCACUUGGGGUUGAUGUUGACACGAGUACUGGUUUGAUUUAUUGGACUGACACAGCUGAAAGAAAAAUACAAAGAGCAAACAGAAAUGGUAAACAAAAUGAGACCAUUAUCAGCAAAGGCUUGCAUACAGCUGAUGGAAUUGUUAUUGACUCUACGGGACGAAAGAUCUAUUGGACUGACGGCGGCCGAAACAGUAUCGAAGUAGCUGAACUUGAUGGAAGCAAUAGAAAAGUACUCGUUUGGACCGGAUUAGACUCACCUAGAGCCAUAGCACUUCAUUACGAGCACGGGUAUAUGUUCUGGUCAGACUGGGGAACUACGGCCAAGAUUGAACGAGCCGAUAUGGAUGGUAAAAACAGACGCGUCAUAGUCGACAACAACAUCAAAUGGCCCAACGGUCUGGCGAUCGACCGCAUCGAGGGCCGACUCUACUGGAACGACGCUAAAGUCCUCACCAUAGAGAGUUCAGACUUCAACGGCGAUGACAGAAGGACCGUCAUCAGCGAUGUUCCUUAUCCGUAUGGGAUUGUCAUAGUGGGCCAGCACAUCUACUGGACUGACUGGAAGACCAAGUCCUUGCAUCGAGCUGAUAAAACUAACGGGAAAGACCAGCUGGUGGUUAGAGAGAAUCUGGAAGGUCUGAUGGAUAUACGAGCUGUGCAGGGAGAGAGUCACCAAGAAAACGCGUGUGGCACGAACAACGGCGGCUGCUCGCACCUCUGUCUGCGCACCCCACGAGGCUUCAGCUGCGCCUGUCCCACCGGAGUGUCCUUCCAGAACACUUCAGACCCUCAACCAAAGAUCUGCAAACCUCAUCCGGACAACUUCCUAGUAUUUGCCACUAGAGGAAGUGUGGCGCUGAUAUCGCUCGAUACGCCGGAGCAAUGGGAUGUUACUUUGCCGAUAAAAGAUGUUCAGAACUCUAUAGCUGUUGACUUCCAUUGGGAUAGGAAGGAGAUCUUCUUCACUGAUGUUAAUAAUGACGUUAUCAGAUCUGUAAACAUGAUGAACAUGACCGAAACGAAGAUAAUCAUCAAGGAUCGGCUCGACACUCCCAACGGACUCGGCGUCGACUGGAUCGCGAAUAAUAUCUACUGGACCGACAAUGAAUACAAGGUCGUUGAGGUUGCGAGAUUGGAUGGCUCCUGUCGAAAAACUCUGGUUACUGGAUUAGCUGAGCCUAGAGCCCUCACGUUGUUCCCAGCUAAAGGUUACCUGUACUGGAGUGACUGGGGAGAAAGCCCUAACAUAGAGCGUUCGUAUCUGGACGGCAGUCAGCGAAGGAUCAUCGUGAAGGAAGACCUAGGGUUCCCGAAUGGCCUAACAAUAGACUACAGGGAACGACGAUUGUACUGGACUGAUGCUUUGAAAGACAGAAUCGACACAUCAGAUCUGGAGGGACAGCAUAGAGUGCAACUUGUACCUGAAGCGAAAAAUCCUUUCGGAAUGACGCAAUUCAAAGACUACAUAUUCUGGACGGACUGGUAUAAGAAGUCAGUAAUGCGAUGCGACAAGCGAACCGGCAAGAACAUCACAGCUAUAAGGACCGACCUGGAGAUGGCGAUGGAGAUCAAGGCAGUGUCUGCUGAUAAACAGCGCGGCUGGAGCCCCUGCAGUGAGGAUAAUGGUGGCUGCUCGCAUCUGUGCCUCUUCAGGGCACAUGACUACGUGUGUGCGUGUCCGAAUGAAGCUGACGACAGGCCGUGUUCUACAGUGCCCCGCUCCCUGGUAAACCUCAAGAUGCCGUCGCACUACCCUUCAUUCUACGACUACACGGAUGAAGCGGUCCCGCCGCCGCCGCUGCUGCCGGAGCUGCCGCCGUCGAAGAGCUUUGACGUGGUCACGAUCGUUGGCAUAGCGCUGGGAGCUGUGCUGGGGGUUGGAGUGUGCGUUGUCAUUGUUCUGAUGAAGAGGCUACACCGCGAGCACGACGGCCGCGACGUGAAGGAAAACUACCGCGAGUCCAGCGGACACAUCUCCUUCCACAACCCCAACUACGCGGGGGGCGCGGGGGCCGCGGGGGCUGCGGGGGCCGCGGGGGGAACCGACGAGCGGAGACACCGGUUUCAGGGGAUCUUCAAGUAUGACAAAAAUCAGGAGCGCAUAACCAACGUAUACAUCCCCGAAGGCACGAGCCUGUUGCCUCCCGCGCCGCCGCCGCCGCGCCAGCCCCGCCAGCCGCGCAACUCACACGACGACUUCGAACCAGUCACCUUACACACCUUCGCCUGAACCUCCGCCACUCGGUGUUAGAGUAGACCGUAGACACGAGCCAGCAAUGUACGACGAACUGGCCAGAACUGUCGCCCUACACACCUGAACCGAGAGUAGAGUGUAGACACGCCAGCAUUGUACGAAGAACUGGCCAGAACUAGCGAAGCAGUUCGUCCGUGGUACCACAAAGUCGGAAUGCGAUUUUGCCCGUAACCAAUUGUGGCUGAUGGUUAAGGGUUAAAUCUAAAUUGGAUGCGCAAGAAGAUACCUAUAAUGUCUAUGACGGUUCCUUGCUUAUAGAUAUCAUUGAACUGUGGACAGGGUUGCUUGAGAUCUUGUGGUAACACCGCAGUAGAGUCGUUAGUAGAACUGUGCGAAAGUAAAAUAGUGAGAUGACUGAUUCUAUGUCAAAAUGAGGCCCGACUUUAUACGACGUGUUAAAUGUUUAGGAAUAUGGUGAUCACGACUACUGGCAUUAACCACGUUUUAAGGACAGAUUAACAUCCCUUUAACUUAAUUAUCGGAUUAGUGUUACUAAUAAUAAAUGUCGCGAGAUGAUGAAUACAUUCGACGGUCUGUUCUGAAUAGGUACUGAACUUAUUCAUGGUCAAUUGAAAAUUAACAUAAGAACUCCGAGGAAACUAGAAACGUUGACACACUGUAAAGUCCCAUUUGUAUAUCCUAAGUAUUAAAGUUUAAUCAAUAAUCAUAGCGUUGGUAUAGAAUACCAGCCGAAGCGAAUUUAAUUCGUAUUUACUAAAUAAUUUAAUUUGAUGUGCACACUGUAACUUGUACAGUACAAAAGAAGCAGAGAUUUGAUUUAACACGUACAGAUUAUUGACUAACUUCCGAAUUUGGUGAGUGUCUGUGAAUUUGUUAACAUAAUUACAGGUCUAUGAUUAUUACUAAGUACAUAAGCCUUUUAAAACGGAAACUUCACAAAUACAUAAUGUAUUUUUAUAAAGUAAGAAUUUCGUAAUAAAGUUAUAAACCAAUGAAGUAUAUUCACUCUACGAGUAGUAAGUUCCUUUGUAUUUGUUUAAAUCUUAUAUUGUGUACAGGCUGUUUAAAAAGAGGUGGAUGUAAAUACAUAUAAUUAUACUAAAUUAUCUAGUUCUAUUGUUCAGUUUUGAUUGGAGCGUCAGACGUUACUUGUUGAAAUUAUAUUGAUUUAUCUGAACCGUGUAGUCGGCCACUGUCCGCCGGCGGGGAUAAACGAACAUGAGUGUGUAUGUCCAUUUAGGUAUGAUGGAAAGAAUUGACUGAAUUUAAUACAUUUUGUUAUUUUAUUACUGUUUUAAGUAUAUCUAAAUUUUUAUAUUUAAGGAAAACUUAUAUUUACAAUAUGAACAUCUUCUAGCGGUAUUGGCGGCAGAUUGAUGUGGUUUUACUAUUACGUUAUAUAUAGAUGUGGUUGGGUUUGAAAGUUCCAUUCUAGUUUAUUAUAAAAUUAUUUACCUGACCUGAUCCAGAACUCCAAUCAAAUACAUACCUACAGCUAGGAAAAUGGUGGAUUCAUCAUGUCCAUAAUGCAUGAGGUAAAGAAAGUGAAAAUAAAAUUGCUAUUUGGCAAUCACAGUUGGGUCAAUUAUACCUAUUUAGCUCUGGAUCGUUGUCAAGUACAUAGAAGUUAUUUCACAUUGAAUAUUUAUUUACUAAUAUCCUAUUGUUUUGUUUAUAAUAUUGUAUAAGUAAAUAAAUAAAACAGUUGUAGGAAUCGUCCACACGAGCCCACUUGGCUCAGGGGGGCUCAGUGUCGUUACGAUUUCAUCUCCAUCCAUGAUUUAUUAUGAAUAAAUAAAUGUGUACUACAUAUAUACUCAUUCUAUAUUUUAUAUAUUCGUGAAGGGCGCGAUGUUCAUGUUUGUAUGUAAGUAAGUGUAUAUCCAAGGAAACCAUUCCGCCGAAACCAUUUCAUUAAAAGAAACAAUAAGUACAAUAGAUUUAUAAGAAAUGAAGUAAGUAUAUGAGUAGGUACGAUGUAGCUUUCACAAAAGAAUGGCAUAGGAAAGGCUUAUGUUGAUGUAUCAUUACAUUUUUGAUAAUAAUGGGAAUAAUGGCCACUUGCGUAACCUGGGCAACAGGUACUUUGGAAGUUGCUGCCCGCUGCCCAUCAGCCAAGGGCCAACCCCUUUCACUUAAAAACUAUCAUUUUUAUUAUAAAAUUAUGAAAACCUAAAUGUUUAGGUAUAAUUCACCAAGAUUUAUAUGGUGACAAUACAAAUAUCAAUGUAUAUAAUUAGUUUUAAUCAUGAAGGAAAAAUGAGAAUGAAAUAGCUGACAAAUAAAUUGAAAUUGUAUAUUUUGUAUAUUACUGGUCGGCUAAAAGUGUUUUACACACCGCACGUUUGUAAAAAUAACUGCUUCCUCACAAAUAAUGUAUUUUUUUUGAAAGAGUAAAAAUAUAUAAUAUAUGUACUUACGUAAGCACUCAAAAUUGAACCGUAUUGAUUAAAAACAUGCAUAUAUGACUUAUUUCCAUUGUAACGUGGAUGGUGUUAAUUUUAUCGUAAUGGUAUUGCGCACAACUAAAAAAUGAAGUAUUAUCUACAAUUUAUUGUAGCACGUAAACGUUAUAAAAUUUAGUUUUAUUUGUCUUUAUUCUAUAGGCACAAUAUUCCACACACAAAUAUUUAGCAUACUUAUUCUAUUUAAUUCAAACAAAUCUAAUUUAGUUUUCCAUAUAAAGUUUAUGUUUUGUUGUGUUCAUAUAUUUUAUUAUGUGUUUGUUUUUGUAUACAAUAAAGAGUAAAUAAAUAAAUGAAUGAUCACUUUUACGGAUGUUUUCCCCAUUAGAACACGAUGGUGUGUAUGAAGUUCACAGGGUGUUUUAAUCUAAGGUAGAUAUAGAAAGGAUGGUUCUUAACAAAGUGCUGGCUAACUUUAUGUCCCUAAUGGACAGAGAAACCACUCAACGUAUAUAUAGUCCAAUGCUUCAACAUACGAGCCGCUAUUUUAGUUAAUGAAGCGUAAAUUCGUAUUUAUUAUACUUAAAAUUACUACUUUGUUGAAGCUUUGGUUGAUAUUCUUGUAUCAAUACUAAAUUCUGCGGGGACGCUAAUCUUGUUUAUAUUUUUUGUUAUUAGCAAAUAAGUAACAAGAAUAAGGUGGUACGUGAGAGUGCUGUGAUACAGGAUGCUGCUGAUGUGUGUAGCUAUUACAGAUGUUUUAUUAAUGACAAAAUAUAUAAUAAUAUAUCUUACGUUUUGAAUUCGUCACAUAUAAGAUGGGGAAGUUAGUAAAGGAUGUACUAAGAUGGCUGCGGAAAAUUACGUAGGUAUUGAUUCCAUUCGAUGACUCUGUGUAAGCACAAAUGUGGAUCGCACAAUGCGUUGCCUAUAUUUAUAAACUUUAUAUAUAGUUAAGGAUUAGUUUCUUGUCUUCUUUUUCUAAAACUGGAUGAAUUUCAAGUAUAAUUGUCGUUUUAUGUAUUUUAUUUGCUAACGAUAAUAUAAAACUCUGGUGAAAUUGAAUGAAUCUCAAAAUGUGUGCCAAAUUUUCAAUUUGAAAUUGUAUUCUUAUGCAUUUUAUUUGUUAUUAAGAUAAUGUAAUGCUGUAGGCGUGAGUAACUGCCUUCACGGUGUAUUGCCUCGGUGAAGGUUGUUAUCUGAUUUAUAAAUAACGAUUUAAUAAAAUAGAAAUUAUUCAUC